UGAAAACAAAAACAGAAAUAAUGCUGGACCUGAUGCUACUGCCUAGCCUUGUCCUGGUGCCCACCACUUGACAUUGGUUUCCUUGGAAAUUUUAGAAAUGAAUGUCACUGUCUCUGGAGUCCCGCCAAACAAGGCUUAACAAAAGGCUCAGAAACCUUAUCUUGAAAACUACAACAGCAAUGGUAGGAAAGAAAACUUUAUCUACAUGUUAAACCCUCUUCAGAUAAGAUCAGGAACAUAGCUUGGAGCAGCCAUGGCAACCUUAAGCAGCCAAUUUCAUAUUACCAACCAUAAAAGCUAUCGGAAUGUAAAACGAAGAACGUCGUCGUCGAUCUCUUGCUCAAUGCAGCCAUCUCAAAGCAACAUUAAGGUAAUCAUAAAUGGAGCAGCCAAGGAAAUUGGAAGGGCAGCAGUAGUUGCAGUGACAAAAGCCAGAGGGAUGGAAGUGGCUGGUGCAGUGGAUUCGUACCUUGUUGGAGAAGAUAUUGGAAAUGUUUGUGACAUGGAAGAGCCACUUGAAAUACCCAUAGUGAAUGAUCUGACAAUGGUGCUAGGUUCUAUAUCUCAGUCAAAGGCAAUAGCAGUCGUCGUAGAUUUUACCGACCCUUCCACAGUUUACGAUAACGUAAAACAGGCAACAGCAUUUGGCAUGAAAAGUGUGGUUUAUGUGCCCCGGAUAAAAUUAGACACGGUAGCAGCACUAUCGGCAUUCUGUGAGAAGGCCACCAUGGGCUGUCUUAUUGCGCCGACUUUGUCCAUAGGAUCUAUACUCCUCCAGCAAGCUGCAAUUUCAGCAUCUUUCCACUACAAAAAUGUUGAGAUUGUUGAGUCCAGACAAAAUGCAGGGGGUUUUCCAUCUUCAGACGCUAUACAAAUCGCCAACAACCUCUCAAACCUCGGUCAGAUCUACAACAAAGAGGAUAUUUCAACAGAUGUUUUGGCACGGGGGCAAGUUGUGGGAGAAGAUGGAGUGCGUGUUCACAGCAUGGUUCUUCCGGGGCUUCCAUCGAGUACAUCAGUUUACUUUUCUGGUCCAGGAGAGGUGUGGUUUAUUCCCUCAAACAUGAUAUCACAGAUGUGCAGUGUCUCAUGCCCGGCCUAAUCAUCGCUAUCAGAAAAGUUGUGCGGCUUAAGAAUCUGGUGCAUGGCUUGGAGAAGGUUUUGUAGAAACUUUAGUUUCUUUAAUCUCCUCAAAACAGAACUUAUGCAUGUGAAAACACGUUAUACUGCUCAAAUAUGUGAAGUGGAAGAUCAAGUGAGAAAAGAAAGAUGGGAGAAAGAAUAUUUGAACAGUUUCUAUGUGAGAUACUAAGUAAAUUAUCUUUCAUAAUGUUUUGGUUAACUCGGACAGAACCCAAUCUUUUGAUGGUAGUUCAUUGAAGCUUUGAUCUUGAUGAACUAUAAGCACAUAAGAGACUCCAGCCAAAUCCUGAAUCUAUUUUGCUUCUCCCGAUCGUUGA